AUGUCUGAAGAGGAGAAGACCUCCACUCCCAGCAAACCUGCAGCUGUGCCCGCGCUCAACAGCCCUCGUGCUGAGUCGCCUACCACUGCGCGACCACUCGACUUUGAUGACGAGCCUCAGGAGUCUGGUGUGACCACGGUCAACAACCCCCCUUCCGAACAGACCGCCACUGAAACUCCCCCCGCUGCCCCGCCGAAGCCGCCCCGGCCUCUGAGCCCGAAACAGCAUGCAGAAAAUACGCUCAAAGAAGCUUUUCCGACUAUCGACGCUGGGGUAGUCAAGGCGGUCUUGACCGCCAGCAAUUGGAAUGUCGAACGAGCAUUCAAUGCGCUCCUCGGCAUGACGGACCCGACUGCCCAGGAGGAUAUGACCCCUCCUCCAAAGCCCCCUCGCCCUACUCAAACAGCCACCUCUACUGCUCGGAGCCAAUUAGAAUCCGACGAACAAUAUGCGCGCCAACUGGCUGAACAUUACAACUCGUCCGGACGUCGUGAACAAGCCCCAGGAUGGCGGAACGACCCUCGGUAUCACCAACCACGAGGAAGCGAGGACUCGGAGGAGAAGGAAUACAGCUUUUUCGAUGAUGACUUGCCGGUGAUUCGUGACAACCUGCGCAAGGGCUUCUUGGAAACGCAGUCUAAGGUCAAUUCAUGGGUUACAAACUUCAAAAAGAGACUUGACGGAGAUGAUUUGGAUGAAGAGCCUAGCGAGCGCCAGGAGCAGCCUGCGCCGUAUGGGCGUCCGCGACGAAGUGGUGACAUGGCCCGUCGCAGUGGAGAUCGCGAGCGCUAUGAUGCAGACCCUCAGGUGCUAGGUGAUGACUUCUCGGCACUUGAGCUAAGGGAUGGUGAAGCUCCCCCGCCCCGUCCACCCCGCCCUCUGGCCAACACGAACUUCAAGAAAACAUCGUCGCCGUCCCCUGACAGGCGGAAGGUGUCUUUCCAGGAUGGGCCACCUACCGAGAUUGAUACUGGGCGCAACGUAUCAAGUGGUGGCAAGUCCAGCAAGUGGCAGCCUUUGGCGACCGUCGAGCCUUCCCCCGUGGCUGAGAAUGAUCCAUUCAGCCUUGGAGAUAGCGAUGAUGAGAAGGAGACCAAGACCAAGGAGCAGGCCACUGUGCCGGAGAGUGAGCAGCUCAAGCAGGCUACAGCCGAAGCUAUGUCCGGUGACAUGGCUUCCAAGGAGAAGGAUACCAAGACUGAGGAUCCUUCGAAGUAA